AUGCAUACUUCAACUAUUGUUGGUAGUAUUCUAUCAUCAACUGUUUUACCACUUGAUUCAUCUCAAUUCAUUCAAUCUGAUUAUUCAAUUUUUGUUGGUAUUGGUUUUAUUAUUGCUUUCAUUUUGGCUUUUGCCAUUGGUGCUAAUGAUACUGCCAACUCUUUUGGAACAUCAGUUGGUUCUAAGGCUUUAACACUUAUUCAAGCUUACAUCUUAGCUUCAAUUUUUGAAUCAUUAGGUGCUGCAUUACUAGGAUAUAAGGUAACGGAUACUAUGCGUAAAGGAGUUGUUGAUGUAGCUGUUUAUGAAAAUGAACCACAACUUUUAUUAAUUGGACAAAUUGGAAUUCUUGCUGGUUGUGGUAUAUGGUUAUUAACAGCAACUGCAUUAAAUGCUCCAGUAUCAACAACACAUUCUAUUGUCGGAGCAACACUUGGAUUUUCAGUUGCUUUUAAAGUAGCAUCAUGGUUUAUUUCACCUGUUCUUUCUGGAAUAGUAUCAAUUGGAAUAACAUAUUUUUUAAAAUUUUAUUAUAAUACUUUUGAUAAACCAUAUAUUGGAGCAAUUAAAUCAUUACCAUUUUUACUUGUUGGUACUGUUUCACUUAAUGUUUUUGCUAUUCUUUAUGAAGGUCCUGAUCUUUUUGGUAUAGAUAAAUUAUCAGCACCAAUAAUAUUAUUAAUAUCAUGUAUCAUUGGUGUCAUAGGAUAUAUAAUUUUUUAUUUUAUUGAAAAAUUAUUCCUUAAAAAACAAUAUGAUGCUAUUCUUAAUGGAGAAUUAUUAUUAAAGAAUGAAACAAGACAUGAUGUUGAGUCAAUUUUUAGAAAUGAAUCUAGUAGUACAAAAAUUCUUAUUUCAAAUGGAACUGUAAUGAAUGAUAAUAUGUCACUUAAAGAAAAUAAUUGCGCAAAUCAUAGUAAUGAUGGAAAAUGUAUUGAGCCAUGUGAAAUAAAUUUGGGUAAAGAUAUUGAAAAAAAAGAAGAAAUACUUUAUAUACAUAAAGGAAAUAUUCAAGAAAAACGUGAAGAAAUGGUAAUAGGAAAAGUAUUUACAAUUUUACAAAUUUUAACUGCUUGUUUUGGUGGUUUUGCUCAUGGUGGUAAUGAUGUUUCAAAUGCCAUAGCUCCAAUUGUUUCAAUGUUUUCUAUUUGGAGAGAUGGAAAUGUUCAUCAAGUUGAUGGUACUCCAAUAUAUCUUUUAAUUUUUGGAGCAGUUGGAAUGUGUAUUGGAUUGUGGGUUCUUGGUCAUAGAGUUAUUUAUACAGUGGGAAAUAAUUUAACUGAUAUAACUCCUAUUAAAGGUUUUUCAAUUGAAUUUGGGGCUGCUGCAACUGUUUUAAUUGCAUCAAAACUUGGUUUACCAAUUAGUUCAACCCAAUGCAAAGUUGGUUCAAUUAUGUUUGUUGGUUUAUUUAAUAAAUCAAAACUUGAUUGGAGUUUAUUUAGAUCAAUUGCACUUUCAUGGAUUAUAACACUUCCAUUUACUGCAAUUUUUAGUGCUAUUGUAGCUGUUUCACUUCAAUGGUUAAUGUCAUAA